CAUCGUUUUUCUUAUUGCGACUAACGCAAUUAGAUUUCCUCAACAUAUUAAUGAAGAUGAUCCAAGACUUAUUUCCUCAUCUACUUCAGACUUUGUCAGCUAGAAGCCUACCACUUGCCUGCAUAUCUAGUUCAUUGAAUAAACCCACUCCUCUUAACUUAGACUUGUCCUUACCUUCGGUUCAGGAUAUCAGAUGGAAUUUUUCACGGUUACUGUAUUUAUUCAAUAUUCAAAUGGAGAAAAAUAUUGCCACGUUUCUUGUGGUUCUCCUAGUAGCAUGCUUCUCAUUUGUUGUUAUUGGCGGCUUCCUGUUCUUCAAGUUUAGGGGAAAUACACAAUCUCUCGAGGAUUGCUUUUGGGAAGCGUGGGCAUGCUUGUGUUCAUCAUCUACCCAUUUAAGACAAAGAACGCGUAUUGAACGUGUUAUUGGCUUCAUUCUAGCUAUAUGGGGCAUAUUAUUUUAUUCUCGGUUGUUAAGCACAAUGACAGAACAAUUCAGAACCAACAUGCAAAAACUCAGGGAAGGUGCACAAAUACAAGUUUUGGAGACUGAUCAUAUAAUCAUUUGUGGUAUGAACAGUCGCCUGGCUUUCAUACUAAAGCAGCUAAAUAAAUAUCACGAAAUUGCUGUGCGCUUGGGUACUGCUACAGCCAGGAAGCAAAGAAUUCUUCUUAUGUCGGAUCUUCCAAGGAAGCAAGUUGACAAGCUGGCUGACAACAUUGCCAAGGAUCUUAACCAUAUUGAUAUCCUUACAAAGAGUUGUAGCCUUAGUUUGACAGAAUCAUUUGAAAGAGCAGCGGCCAAUAAGGCACGAGCCAUUAUUGUACUGCCCACAAAAGGAGACCAGUAUGAAGUUGACACUGAUGCAUUUCUCUCUGUACUAGCACUUCAACCUAUUCCUGAGAUGGAAUCCAUCCCAACUGUUGUUGAGGUUUCAAACUCCAAUACAUGUGAGCUCUUGAAGUCGAUCUCUGGAUUGAAAGUGGAGCCAAUUGAAAAUGUUGCUUCUAAAUUAUUUGUUCAAUGUUCUAGGCAAAAGGGGCUCAUAAAAAUCUACAGGCACUUGCUUAAUUAUCGAAAAAGAGUAUUCAAUCUUUGCCAGUUUCCUAGAUUAACAGGAUUUACAUAUAGACAAAUACGGAAGGGUUUCCAAGAGGCGGUUGUUUGUGGUCUUUAUCGGGGUGGUAAGAUAAACUUCCAUCCAGCAGACAAUGAAACUCUUCAGGAAACUGACAAAGUAUUACUAAUUGCACCUAUUCAUAGGACAACUAAACAACAACUUGCAUUGUUGGAUGUAAGAAACGAAACCGAGACAUUACAAAGUCCAGAAGUUUUCAAAACAAAUGAUGAUACCUUAGCUCCUGCUUUAGAAUUGAGAAAAGAACAGCUUUUAAAGAUUGUGAAACGUGCCAAAAAGCUGGGAGCGAAGCAGGCAUCAGACCAGAGUUUAGGACACAAAGAAUGCAUACUUCUUAUUGGAUGGCGCCCAGAUGUUGUACAAAUGAUUGAAGAGUAUGAUAAUUAUCUCGGCCCUGGAAGUGUGUUGGAAAUAUUAUCGGAUGUCCCACUAGAAGAAAGGAAGAGAGAGCAGCAUGUCUGGUCAAAGAAAACUAAAAAUGUCCAGGUUAUCCAUAGGGUUGGAAACUCCAUGAACUAUGAUACCUUAGAGGAAACCAUAAUGAACAUACAAAAUUUUAUCAAGAAAGUGAAUCAAAUUCCUUUGUCUAUAGUUGUGAUUUCCAAUAAAGAAUGGCUUCUUGGAGAUCCGUCUAGGGCUGACAAACGAUCGGCAUACUCUCUUCUUGCUGAAAAUAUCUGCAACAAACUCGGAGUGACGGUGCAAAAUCUAGUUGCGGAGAUUAGUGACUCAAAAAUGGGCAAACAAAUUACAAGAAUCAAGCCAUCAGUGACUUACAUUGCGGCAGAGGAAGUGAUGAGUCUUGUAACAGCUCAAGUGGCAGAAAACAGUGAACUCAAUGAAGUGUGGAAAGAAAUUUUGAAUUCUGAAGGUGAUGAAAUAUAUGUAAAGGAUAUAAGCUUAUACAUGAAAGAAGGGGAGAACCCAUCGUUCUCAGAGCUAUCCGAAAGGGCACGUCUGCGACGAGAAGUCGCCAUAGGAUACCUCAAAGACAACAAAACGGUUAUUAAUCCAACUCCCAAAUCGAAGCCUCUCUCCCUAGAAAUCACUGAUUCAUUAAUCGUUAUAUCCGAGUUCGAAGGAGAGCAACCUAUUGUUGUGUAAAAGCAACUAGACUGCAGGUCAUUUUUGUUCAUCUUUGCAUUUUCUUUUUCUCGGUAAUGUUCAUGGUUGUAAGCUUCAUAAACUCUUUGAUGAAUUGCAUACUUUUGAGUUGAACCAUCAUCUUUUAGUUUCACAUGUGAAACUGAUUAGGGUUGGGGAAAGAGAAACUUGAAUUUUGGACCUCUUGUGAUGUCUAAAU